CAGCUUCAGCCUAGCACCUACUACUACUCAACGCGGAGGUUCAAACAGUAAGCCGUUUGGUUUUCCAGCUUUGUCCAACGCAAAAACAGCUCAUGAGGUCCAACCUAGCUAGCUGGUAGCUCGGUUCAGACGCUGGUGAGAUUGAGGGCAGUCCAUACGUUAUCGCCGGUCCAAUUGCCGUCCCGGAUAUCCGAAAAAGCAGACGUCCUCACCUCAACUUCAACUUGACAACUUGUCGAGUUCGUCAUUGAAUAUUGAAUUUCCAAUUUCGAACGACGAGCUAUGUCUGCAGGCUAUUUGCCUAUCCCUCAGACGAGCCCUAUAGAUGACGGCGAUCGUUCAGGCGAUGAUGCAUCGGUCUGCCGGGCUGCACUGGACAGUGAGGUCCUUGCUGCAGAGCAGGACGCACAUGCUGGCGUCAAGAAAGUCGAGGCUGCACAGCGUGUGUACGGGCGUUACUCCCGUUGGUGUCUCUUCAUCGGCCUUGGACUUGCGUCGUAUAUAUACUCCCUUGAUGCUUCGACGACUUAUGCAUACCUUACAUUCGCUACUUCAACUUUCGGCGAGCACAGUCUCAUCAGUUCGAUCACCGUUGCGCAGUCACUCAUUGUUGCUGUUGGUAAACCCGUGAUUGCUAAAGUCGCGGAUGUCUCUUCGCGAAGUACUGCCUAUGUCGGCGUUUUGAUUUUUUACGUUCUCGGCUAUACCGUGAUAGCUUCUGCUCCCAAUGUCGGUACUAUUGCUGGGGGCAUUGUGUUGUACGCUGUUGGAUACACCGGAUUGCAACUGCUCACGCAGAUUAUCAUCGCUGACAUCACCACGCUCGCAUGGCGAGGGCUCGUCGUUUCCCUCGUCUCUGCACCGUUCCUUAUCAAUGCAUUCAUUGGCUCAAACAUAUCCUCGGCAGUACUCCAGCAUAUCGGUUGGCGAUGGGGCUAUGCCAUGUUUGCCAUCCUUGUCCCUAUUUCCCUUGCGCCCCUCAUUAUCACUCUUCUAUGGGCAGAACGCAAGGCCAAAAAGCUUGCUCUUCUCGAUCCCCCAAAAUCACGCAGUCGCAGUAGUUCAAGCCAGCCUAGCCAGAGUGGAUCUAUGAUGGCUCGCUUCCUCCGGUCUGCUGAACAGCUUGACCUCGUCGGACUCGUCCUUCUCGGGUUUGCAGUCUCACUGACCUUACUUCCAUUAACGAUUAGUCAGACUGUCAAAGGGAGCUGGAAGAAUGGCUCGAUUAUUGCAAUGCUUGUUAUGGGAGUCGUGCUCCUUGCCGUGUUCGGAAUCUGGGAUCUGUGUUUCGCCAGUAGGCCCGUGAUUGCCCCGCGGUUUGUGAGGAAUAGAAGCGUUGUAUGUGCUGCGUUGAUCGGGUUUUUUGACUUUAUGUCGUUCUACCUCACGUUCACGUAUCUGUAUUCAUUUGUCCUGGUGGUGAAACCUUGGUCCCUCGUGAACGCGACGUACUUCAUUCAGGCGCAAUCCGUUGCUCUAACAUUCUUUGGCAUCAUUGCGGGUGUCAGCAUGCGUUUCCUACAUCGUUACAAGUAUGUACUCGUCAUCGGACUCGUGGUUCGUCUAGCCGGUGUCGCAAUGAUGAUCCAUUCGCGCGGUGCCAACGCCUCGGAUGCUGAGCUUGUAUGGACCCAGAUCCUCCAAGGUUUCGGCGGUGGUUUCGCCGCCGUUUCCUCACAAGUAGGAGCACAAGCAUCCGUGCCUCACGCAGACGUGGCGAUCAUCACGGCGGUCGUGCUCCUAGUGACUGAAAUCGGAGGCGCAGUCGGGAACGCAUGCGCCGGCGCGAUUUGGUCGAACACGAUGCCAGUCAACUUGGCGAAGUAUCUGCCGUGGUUGACUGACGAGCAGCGCGCGGAGCUGUACGGGAGCAUAACGUUAGCGGCGUCUUAUCCACGCGGCGAUCCUGUGCGAGAGGGCGUCAUCAAUGCGUACGACGAUACGAUGAAGAUCAUGGUAACGGCAGCCACCAUACUGAGCGUGAUACCUGUUUUGCUUGCCCUUGCGAUGCCGAACUGGUACUUGGGGGACAAGCAGAAUGCGAUUGAUGCUGCUGAUCUUACUGGGAGGUCGGUACUUGAUGCGGAUGAUGUUGAGGAUGAGGAGGAGGAGGAGGAGCCGUAGUCCUUAUUACCUUAGACUUGUUGGGCAAGACGGCCAUUACUUUCUGAUUGAUGCGCGAGAUUGUUUCGUCGUCAUACUUAUUGUAUAUAUUCCGGUUAAGCCUAUUCUGUGACCUUUAAUCAUUCCGAGAGAAAGGAUCAGAAUUAUGGGCAGGGG